UAGCCAGCUGGGCAGGGCCUGGAAACAAAGUCAGGGAGGCUGAACUCCUGCUCACCAGUCGCCAGCCAGGAGCCUUGGAGUCGCCAGCCAGGAGCCUUGGAGUCGCCACCAUGGGGAUGUCCAAGUCACGAAGUUGCUUUGGGUACCCCUUGAGCAUCUUCUUCAUCGUGGUCAACGAGUUCUGUGAAAGAUUCUCCUACUAUGGGAUGCGAGCACUCCUGGUCCUGUACUUCAGAAACUUCCUCAGCUGGGACGACGACCUGUCCACGGCCAUCUACCAUACCUUCGCCGCCCUGUGCUACCUGACUCCAAUUCUCGGAGCCCUGAUUGCAGACUCGUGGCUGGGGAAGUUCAAGACGAUUAUUUCAUUAUCCAUCGUCUACACUAUCGGACAAGCAGUCAUCGCGGUGAGCUCCAUUAAUGACCUUACAGACCACGACCACAACGGCACUCCCGACAGCCUUCCUGUGCAUGUAGCUCUGUCCAUGAUCGGCCUGAUCCUGAUAGCCUUUGGUACGGGAGGAAUCAAACCCUGCGUGUCUGCGUUUGGUGGUGAUCAGUUUGAAGAGGGCCAGGAGAAGCAGAGAAACCAGUUCUUCUCCAUCUUCUAUUUGGCCAUCAAUGCUGGAAGCCUGCUCUCCACGAUUAUCACUCCCAUACUUAGGGUUCAACAAUGUGGAAUCCACAGUCAGCAAGCGUGUUACCCACUGGCCUUUGGGGUUCCAGCGGCUCUCAUGGCUGUCUCCCUGAUUGUGUUCGUCCUCGGCAGUGCAAUGUACAAGAAGUUCCAGCCCCAAGGCAACGUCAUGAGCAAAGUGGCCAAGUGCAUUGGUUUUGCCAUCAAAAACAGAUUCAGGCACCGAAGUAAGGCAUUUCCCAAGAGGGAACACUGGCUGGACUGGGCUAAAGAGAAAUACGACGAGCGGCUCAUCUCACAAAUCAAGAUGGUCAUGAAGGUGAUGUUCCUGUAUAUUCCACUCCCCAUGUUCUGGGCCUUGUUUGAUCAGCAGGGCUCCAGGUGGACUCUGCAAGCAACGACCAUGAGUGGGAAGAUCGGAGCUAUUGAAAUUCAGCCAGACCAGAUGCAGACUGUGAACGCCAUCUUGAUUGUCAUCAUGGUCCCCAUUAUGGAUGCUGCGGUGUACCCUCUCAUUGCAAAAUGUGGUCUCAAUUUCACUUCCCUGAAGAAGAUGACCGUUGGGAUGUUCCUGGCUUCCAUGGCCUUCGUGGCGGCUGCCAUCGUGCAGGUGGAAAUUGAUAAAACUCUUCCAGUCUUCCCUGGAGGGAGUCAAGUCCAAAUUAAGGCCUUGAAUAUAGGAGACAACAAUAUGACUGUGUAUCUUCCUGGAAUGCCCUUGACGCUUGAACAAAUGUCUCAAACAAACAAUUUCAUAACUUUCGAAGCAGACAAGCUGACAAAAAUAAACGUGUCUUCUCCUGGAUCCCCAGUCGCUACGGUAGACUAUGACUUUGAACCAGGCCAUCGCUACACCCUUCUAGUGUGGGGCCCCAAUAAUUCCGUUGUGGUAAAAGAUGGGCUUAACCAGAAACCAGAAAAAGGAGAAAAUGGGAUCAGAUUUGUCAACACCCUUGAUGAGACGCUGAGCAUCACAAUGAGUGGGAAAGUGUUUGAAAACGUCCCCACUAACAACGCCAGCACUUACCAGUUUUUCCCUUCUGGCGUAAAAGACUUCACAAUAAACAUCACAGAGAUUCAGCCUAACUGUCCACGCGACUUUAAGUCUUCCAACCUCGACUUUGGCAGCGCGUACACCUAUGUGAUCAGGAGGAUGAGCGAUGGCUGCCUGGAAGUGAAGGAAUUUGAAGACAUCCCACCCAACACGGUGAACAUGGCGCUGCAAAUCCCACAGUACUUCCUCCUCACCUGUGGCGAAGUGGUCUUCUCCGUCACGGGGCUGGAGUUCUCAUAUUCCCAGGCUCCAUCCAACAUGAAGUCAGUGCUUCAGGCAGGCUGGCUUUUAACCGUGGCUGUUGGCAACAUCAUCGUGCUCAUCGUGGCAGGGGCGGGCCACUUCGAGAAACAGUGGGCUGAGUACGUUCUGUUUGCCUCGUUGCUCCUGGUGGUCUGCGUGAUAUUCGCCGUCAUGGCUCGGUUCUACACCUACGUCAACCCCGCAGAGGUCGAAGCCCAGUUCGAUGAGGAGGAGAAGAAAAAGGUCACGGGGAAGGACAACCCGUAUGCCACCCUGGAGCCUGUCUCCCAGACUAACAUGUGAGGGCCAGGAGGCGAGGGGAGACCCACCCACUCCAGCAGGGACCCCGACCUCUGACCCCAGGGUCAGGACGCUCGGUUGCACAGCCUUGAUGGAGAAGACUUCAGAAUCGUGAACAAAUGAUAACUAAGCUGUUUUCUAAACUCCAGCUAUGGAAUCUGGAAUUCUACCAGGAGCCUUUUAAUCUUUCAUUUUUGGGGGGGCCGGUAGAGGGUUCAGGACAGAGUUUCUCUGUGUAGCCCUGGCUGUCCUGAAACUCACUCUGUUGACCAGGCUGUCCUUGAACUCAGAGAUCCGCCUGCCUCUGCCUCCCAAAUGCUGGGAUUAAAGGUGUAGCCCACCACUGCCCAGUUUUGUUCAAAGCACACACUUUAAAAAAAAAUACACUGGGCCAUGUCUUGUAUUUCUGUCACAGAAGUGAACUUAGUUCAGACUAACUUAAUUUUGAAAAGGUAACUGUACUGUUUUUUUUUUCUAAUGCUUUUAUGAAAACAAUGUUGAAUUUACAGAGGGCUUUUUUAAAUAGUAUAUAGAGAGUAUCAGCCAGUUUAAGCUGAUAACUUUACCUUAGGUUUUUUUGUUUUUCUAGUUUUCUUUGCCUUACCUUUUUAAAUUAUGUGUAACUCAGAAAGACCAUCAAGGGAGGGCCAGUGGUGAGCUUUGAAGUGUCACUGCUGUGAAAUAAACUCUUGUUCUUAA